GAUAGACCUCGCCCUUCGCUCCCAUGGCUUCCGGCUUCUUCCCCUCGCCGUCGCGUCACCCGUGAGCCUCUUCUAAAAACCCUAGGCGUUGAGACCGAUGGCGACGGCGGCGGCCACCGCCGCGGCGGCGGCGCCCGCAUUCGCGCUCAAACCUUCCCUGUCGCGCCGCGUCUUCGUCACGCUCCCUCGCCGCGCCGGCCGGCCCGUCCCCCAUUCGCUGCGGUUGGUCGCGUCGGCCUUGAGGCGGCCCCGCUACGCGGUCGUGGUUGCGGCGGCUGCGGCAGGAGGCGCGGAGUUUGGGGACGAAGAGAACCCGUACGAGCUUCUGGGCAUCAGGCCGCUCGAUAGCUUCGACCACAUGAAGAUGGCCUACAAGAAGAAGCGCAAGGACGCCGAGGAGACUGGGGAGGAGGAAUUUCUGGCCAAGUUGGACAGGGCCUAUGACACAGUCAUGAUGCAGCAGCUGGAGUAUCGGAAGAAGGGAGUCACAUACGGGUCGGUUCAGGUGUCCAAGGAUAUCAAGUAUGCUGACAAUCAACCAAUUGUGCCUUGGGGACCAAGAUUCUCCAGAUCAACAGUGAAGGACAUGCGCAUAAAUAUGGCAAUAUCAGCAGCAUUUGUUGUUUGGAUAGCUAUAAUGGGCAUUGCAGACUGGAAGCCUUUGCAGUUCCUAUGUUUUGCUUUCUUCUACAGAAUACUACAGAAGCUAAGAGCUACUGAACCACCAAUUACUCCAAUAUACAAUGAAUAUGGUGAGGUCGAAGGACGGGGGAUACGAAUGGCGAAAAGAGUAGUCCGCGCUUUGGGCUUGAUAUUUGGAUGUAUAUUCACUGCAUCGCUGGGUUAUACAGCAGCUAUUAACUUGAUUGAGCUUUCAUGGCAGCAUACUCCACGUAUUGUUUAUUACUACCAGGAGCUGAUUGUUACAGCAGCUGCAUCCGUUCUUCUGUACAUCACAGCUUCAUACUACCGAUAAAUAUGAAGAGAUAUUGUGUCCAAGAUUAGACGAUUCCGAGAUGUUUGGACAUGAUGAGUUUCAGUUGUAGGCCAACUUGUGGACUGGUGGUGCCUUGUGCAUCGAGCGAAACCCAAGAAUCCACAAAUUUUGUAGCAUACUUCACCUGUUCACCAGCACCAGUUAUCUAUUGAGGCAGAGAGUUUUAGUGCAGGUUUUGUGUGAGCAAUUAUGGAUUCACUGGCACAAUGCUGAUGGCUGAUGAAAACAUUUUGCGUGCAUGUUUCAACAGCAGUGUAAUUUAUGAAAUUUUUAUUAGAUCUGCUUAGGCUUGAUGAUACUUACGAUGUGCUUCUAUUUGAUCAAUGAAAGUAGUUUCGUUGUCUUGAGCUGCC